UAGACCUGACUAUACUCAUACGCCAACGAAACCGGAAGUUCAAGAAACCAAGAAACUAGACUUGGCGGAGAGAUCCAAAGCCACUAAAAUCCUUGGAAAGGAGAGUCAACGCACCUUAAAAACUCCAAUCGCUGUUCAUUUACCCUCAAUAGUUUAUGAGUAACACCGUUAAAAGAGAGCAAUAAGCUUGAGUUGUUUUAUAGUUCGUGCUAACAAACAGAAGGCAACCAUAAAAGAUCAGAUUACGAAAGAGAGAAAGACUGAAAGUUCACUUUUUUUUGUUUUUUUGUUCUCCCUUUUCUUUUAGCGAAACCCAUCUCAGAUUUGUUAAGAAUGAGGCCGAAGAUUUAUCUUUUUGGUGACUCCAUCACUGAAGAGUCAUUUAAAGAUGACGGCUGGGGUGCUUCUCUUGCAAACCAUUUCGCUCGCACGGUUGAUGUGCUGCUUCGAGGGUACAGUGGAUAUAAUACAAGAUGGGCUUUGAAGGCGGCGGAAAGGGUGUUUCUGCCAGUGGAAGGUGGAGCAGAUGGUGGUGCAACGCCCUUAGCUAUAACUGUGUUUUUUGGUGCUAACGAUGCUUGCCUUCCCGAUAGAUGUUCUGCUUUCCAACACGUGCCUCUUCCAGAAUAUAAGAGCAACCUUCACGCCAUUUUCUCAUUUCUCAAGACACGUUGGCCAAAAACAAUCGUUCUUUUCAUCACUCCUCCUCCAAUUGAUGAAGCUGCACGCCUCCAGCAUCCUUAUUCUGAGAAUCAUUUAGGUCUGCCCGAGAGGACAAAUGAAGCUGCUGGUGCUUAUGCCAAGGCAUGUAUUGCUGCUGCAGAAGAAUGUGGGUGCCCAGUGAUCGAUAUCUGGACCAAAAUGCAGCAGAAUCCCGACUGGAAAACAGCUUAUUUAUGGGAUGGUCUGCAUCUAACUAGGAGCGGAAAUAAGCUUGUGUUUGAGGAAGUGGUGGUGAAGCUGAAGGAACAGGGGCUGAGUGUAGAGACAUUGCCCGUUGAUCUCCCACUUAUGGGUGAUAUUGACCCUCAGGAUCCACUAAAAGCAUUUUUGAAAUAAUCAAAAUCAUUGCCUAAUAGGUUUUUCUUUUGUUUCAGUUAUAUUUAUAAAUAGCCAUGAGAGUGAUACCUGAAAAAAUGUUCAUUAUCUAGAACUGGCUAUGGUGAAGCAAAUUGCUUUGGUGAAAAAGCAUUGUUUCUCUAUUUAAUUUAAGACAUUGUCACUCUCUCAUAGUGCAUCUAGCUUUGUGAAUGAAAAGCAUUAUCCCCUGUGUCUAUUUCUAUCA